GUGGUGCUUGGCUUGUACCUGAUCCGUGGCGACAAUGUGGUGGUCAUUGGAGAAAUUGAUGAGGACCUUGACUCAAGGGUGGACUUCCAAAAUGUCCAUGCUGAACCUCUUAUGUCCAUUGUGAGAGGGUAGCUUGGAUCAGUGAGACAUUGAGACAGUGAGGAUAAGUCAUAAGCCUGCCAUGAUGAGUGAUGGGGGGGACACAGCAGUGAGAGAGGACAAAAGUCACCAAUCAACCACCAACAACCCUGAACCUAAAGUUGGUGAGAAUGGUGACAACACUCCAUGCACGUCAGCCCCGUCCGCUGUUGACUCGUUCAACUUCGACCCGGCGUCGCUGACCGCUCACGGCGACUCGCGUCCUACCAAUGGCAACCAUUUCAUGGAUAUAGCGUUCGCCGCCGCGCGUGAUGCCCUGACCCACCAAGAAGUACCCGUCGGAUGCGUUUUCGUCCGCGGCGGAUGCCUCCUCGCUACCGGUCGCAACACUGUGAACGAGACCAAGAACGCCACUCGUCACGCGGAGCUGAACUGCGCGGACCUCGUCUACGCCCGAUGCGAGGAAGCCGGUCUCUCCCCGGACCCCCUCUGGGCGCAGAUUGACGUGUUCGUAACAGUCGAACCAUGCGUGAUGUGCGCUGCUGCGCUAAUCGAGCUUGGCGUGCGCUCGGUGACUUACGGAGCGGCCAACCAGCGUUUUGGUGGAUGUGGUUCAGUGGUGAACGUGCCACAGAUGAUGCCGUCGUCUGUGACGUUCGUGCAGGACUCGGGGCGAGUGGACGAGGCGGUUGGUCUGUUGAAGGAGUUCUACAAGGGCGAGAACCCGAAUGCGCCGCGACCGCAGGGCUGAACGGACUUUUCAGGAGGGAAUAAGGGAAGGAAGAGUGGGUGGGAGGCGUGGGGAUGGGAUGAGGAUGAAAGGGAGGGCAAGGAUGGUGGGAAGUGUGAAGCGUGUUGGGUGAAAUGUGGAAGAAUUCACGUAUCGAAGUUUGUGUCUGAUGGGCACCGAUACGCGUCAUUCGUCGCUCGCGGCGUUUGGUUUUAGAUGGUGUCAAACGGCGUGGUUCAUGUCAUCAGCGAUUCGUCUCAAUACAUUCAUCCAAGUCUUGUUU